UUAGUCUCUUAACAAAUUGGACACCGCUCCGGCGGCAGGAGCAGUCCCCAACCCAACCUACAGGCGCUGGGAACUUGCAAGCGGCCAGGGACCGCUGAAAAUAGCACUUCUUUUUCUUUCUUUGUGUUCAAAAUUAUUUUCUUUCUCCACCAGGUUUUGCUCCCCCCGCCCCCCCGCUGCCGUUGUUCCCCGUUAGUGACUCGAGCUCCUGGAGCGGUCAGAUCCGGCUGCUUCGCCUCCGCUCGCCCCGUUCCCGUUUGCGUUUGUUUUCUGCGCAUCUCCUUCAGGGAGUCGCCGGGGCUGGCGUCCCCCCUGCUUCUUUUUCUUUUCCGAGCAGACCCAUUUCCACCGCGGCUGCCUCUUUCCUUCUUCCCCCUCUCCCUCUGUCCCCGAGCUUCUCGGCGCUCUCCCAUCGCCCCGCCUCUGCGCUCCCGGCUUCUCCUCCUCGGAUGAGCUGAGAGCCCCCGGGGCGAGUGUAUAUGGAAAUAGUGGGGUGCCGAGCAGAAGACAGCUCGUGUCCUUUCCGCCCUCCAGCCAUGCUCUUCCACGGGAUCUCUGGAGGCCACAUCCAAGGCAUCAUGGAAGAGAUGGAGCGCAGAUCCAAGAGCGAGGCCCGCCUGACCAAAGGCGCCCAGCUCAACGGCCGCGACGCGGGCAUGCCCCCGCUGAGCCCGGAGAAGCCCGCCCUGUGCGCCGGCUGCGGGGGCAAGAUCGCCGACAGGUACUACCUGCUGGCCGUGGACAAGCAGUGGCACCUGAGGUGCCUGAAGUGCUGUGAAUGUAAGCUGGCGCUCGAGUCCGAGCUCACCUGCUUCGCCAAGGACGGCAGCAUUUACUGCAAAGAGGAUUACUACAGAAGGUUCUCUGUGCAGAGAUGUGCCCGCUGCCACCUGGGCAUCUCCGCCUCCGAGAUGGUCAUGCGCGCCCGAGACUCCGUCUACCACCUGAGCUGUUUCACCUGCUCCACGUGCAACAAGACCCUGACCACGGGCGACCACUUUGGCAUGAAGGACAGCCUGGUGUACUGCCGCGCCCACUUCGAGACCCUCUUGCAAGGAGAGUAUCCGCCGCAGCUGAGCUACAGCGAGUUGGCGGCCAAGAGCGGCGGCUUGGCCCUGCCUUACUUCAACGGCACCGGCACAGUGCAGAAAGGGCGGCCCCGGAAACGCAAGAGCCCGGCGCUGGGGGUGGACAUUGUCAAUUACAACUCAGGUUGUAACGAGAACGAGGCCGACCACCUGGACCGGGAUCAGCAGCCUUACCCGCCCUCGCAGAAGACCAAGCGCAUGCGCACCUCCUUCAAGCAUCACCAGCUGCGGACCAUGAAAUCCUACUUCGCCAUCAACCACAACCCGGAUGCCAAGGACCUAAAGCAACUUGCUCAGAAAACAGGCCUGACCAAAAGAGUUUUGCAGGGAGAACAAAUCUUGGGGCAUUACAGCCAAACAUCCCGACGUUUGAAAAUUCCCUAAAGUAUUAAAAGAAGGGGAAAAGUUUGAUCGGAAAUCCACUGCAGUGAAGACAAAGACAAUAUUAGGUUAUGAUAAUCAUACAUUAAAAGAUCUAUUGAGCCAAAAAAAGAGAGAGAGAGACAGAGAGAGAGAAAGAGAGAGAGAGAGAGACCAAGAGACUUAAAUGUCAUUUACUGAAUGUUAACAAAACUUCUGUUCUUUAUGAUGUCUAACACAAAUGGAGGCUUAAAAUUAUAUGAUUUUAAACAAAGUGAGACAAACCGUGUAUAAACCAGAGCGGCCAGGCAGUAAUAUGCCCACCCCAGAGCUGAAGAAAAUUAUUCUUGGAAAAAAAAAAAAAAUCCCACACAUUUGUCAAGCACAGUACUUGUAAAAUAAAGUCCAAAAGCAUUCAUUUCACCUGCUUGCUAAUGUGUUUUAGUCCUAUCUGUUAAUGACAUUUUCCAACUGUAAAUUCAAAGAAAAGCUGUCACUCAUUUAAGAGGAUAGGGAUCAGACCCCAGUGAUUUUCGUGUUAUUGUUUAUUACUUCCUUUUGAAACAGAAAUCUCUGCAUGCACUUUCACAUCUGUCACAUCUAGUGUACACCUCUGUAUGAUGACUUAUCUUUGCUGUUUCUUGUAUGAUAAAUAGCUUUCAUUAAUAAACAUCUUAUUCGAUGGAAA